CUCUACCAACAAAUACUACCUUAAGUACUUCUAGAUUAAUCUACGUACAAAAUCAAACACAACCUCAUAAUAAUACUGCUAUUCAGUCCCUCAUCAUUACCAUUAUGGCAAGCUCUUCAGUUGUGAAGCUUCUCUGCAUGGUGGUCAUAGCCAUGGUGGUGGCUGCACCAAUGGCAAAUGCCAUAACAUGUGGGCAAGUGUCUACCAGUGUUGCACCAUGCCUCAACUACCUCAAGAGUGGCGGAGUUGUCCCUGCCGCAUGCUGCAAUGGGAUAAGGUCACUGAACAGCGCGGCCAAGACCCCGGCUGACCGCCAGGCUGCAUGCAAGUGUCUGAAGUCGGCUUCUAGCAGCAUCAAAGGACUCAACUUAAAUCUCGCUGCUGGACUCCCGGGCAAGUGCGGUGUCAACAUUCCAUACAAGAUCAGCCCCUCUACCAACUGCAACAGUGUGCAGUAAGCAUUUUGAAGCAUACAUCAUGAGGGUGAUUUUCCAGCGUGGCAUGAGAAAUAUAUAGUACUAUAGAAAAACAUGAGAAUAAAGAGUGUGGGUUUAUAUCCGUACACGAGCGUCUGUUGCUCUUAUGGGUCGCUUUUUAUCAAUAGCGGUAACUUCAUGUACCUUUUAUCCGCAGUAAUAAUGAAUUGUGAUAGCACAUUUACAUUA